GACAAGUGAUGAAAAAAACAACUAAUAUUAAUAUAAUUGAUUCAAGUACAGCGGCAAUAGUCGCACGAUUAACUACUCACCCUCUUGACACGAUUCGUGUACUUGCUCAAACUACUUUGUCAACGCCAUCCUAUUCUUAUCCUUCUCUAACCUCAAAUACUAAAAUUUCACCUGGUAGUGCCAAAAAUUUCUAUUACUUUCUUAAGUCUACCAUUCAAAAAAAUCCAGUGAUUCAAGUAAUCUGUAGAACUCCUAUCAAAAAUUUAUAUAAUGGUCUUCCAGUCGCUACUAUCCUUGAAGAUGACAGAAUGUUAAAUCAUAUUUUGAGUGGUACAUUUGCAGAAAUAAUAAGUGGAAUAUUUUGGACACCUAUGGAAGUUAUUAAAAGUAAACUUCAAGCAAGUAAUACAACUUCCCAAUCUCGAGAAAUCAUUAAAAAUGAAUUUGAAUCUCAAAAGAAUAUGAUUGGUAAAAGGAUUACGAGUUCAUAUGUAGGCAUUGGAAAUAACAAUGUUAAUACUCUUGAAAUUUCAAAACGUAUUUUUAAAGAGGAAGGUUUACGGGGUUUUUAUAGAGGAUAUUUUAUUACAUUGGCUGUGUUCAUCCCUCACUCAGUUACUUAUUUCGUAAUUUACGAAAAAUGUAAAGCUUGGGGUCGUGCCAAAUAUCUAAAGAAGAAUGAAUUGUUGAGUACGACUUCGAUCGAUUUACCAUUCUCAAGUUAUUUACUCUAUUCAGGCUUUUCAUGUGCGAUAGCUGCUUCAGUAUCAAACAUUUUAGAUAUUGUUAAAACUAGAACUCAGGUUUCUUCACAUGAAUCUAUCACUAUUGAUAAUACUGGUAAAUUACAUUCUAUAAAAAACAUUCCAAGGGAAAUUAUUAAAAAUAUGUAUAAAUAUGAAGGUGGUCUAAGAGCAUUUGCAAAAGGAAUGGGUUCUAGAAUUUUAUGGGCAGUCCCUUCAUCUUCCAUUAGUAUGGCUGUAUUUGAGAUUUUAAAAAAUAGAAGGAAUAAAAUGAAUUUAGAGAAG